GGCGGCGGGGCUGCCCGCGCCUCGGCCGCGUCCGUCUGUCCAUCCGUCCGUCCGUCCGUCCGUCCAGCGCAGCGCCCGGCGCGCAGGAUCCCGCAGCGGGGUGCGGAGCGGCAGCGCUUGGCGAGGAUUAACCUGGCGCAGGUACGCGACAAGGCUCUUGAAUCUGUUCUACAAUGGAAAAACUGCUUUUGUUUCUGCUGUUCAUUGGCGUAGCGGUGCGAGCUCAGAUCUGCCCCAAGCGCUGCGUCUGUCAGAUCUUGUCUCCCAACCUCGCCACCCUGUGUGCCAAGAAAGGGCUCUUGUUUGUUCCUCCCAACAUUGACAGGAGGACCGUGGAGCUGCGGCUGGCAGACAACUUUGUUACAAACAUUAAAAGGAAAGACUUUGCCAACAUGACCAGCCUGGUGGACCUGACGCUGUCCCGGAAUACAAUCAGUUUUAUCACACCUCACGCGUUUGCCGACCUGCGCAAUUUGCGGGCUCUGCAUUUGAACAGCAACCGAUUGACUAAGAUCACUAACGACAUGUUCAGUGGGCUCUCCAAUCUCCACCACUUGAUACUGAACAACAACCAGCUGACUUUAAUUUCUUCCACAGCUUUUGACGAUGUUUUAGCUCUCGAGGAAUUGGAUUUGUCUUACAACAAUCUGGAAACCAUCCCUUGGGAUGCCGUGGAGAAAAUGGUCAGUUUGCACACUCUCAGUCUUGACCACAACAUGAUUGACCAUAUUCCUAAGGGGACCUUCUCCCACCUGCACAAGAUGACCAGGCUGGACGUCACGUCCAACAAACUGCAGAAGCUGCCGCCUGACCCGCUCUUCCAGCGCGCUCAGGUGCUGGCAACCUCAGGAAUUAUCAGCCCCUCGACGUUCGCGCUGAGCUUUGGUGGGAACCCCUUGCAUUGCAACUGUGAGCUCUUGUGGCUGAGGCGCCUUUCCAGGGAGGACGACCUGGAGACCUGUGCCUCCCCUACGCUGCUGUCGGGCCGGUACUUCUGGUCCAUCCCCGAGGAGGAGUUCCUGUGCGAGCCGCCGCUCAUCACGCGGCACACGCACGAGCUGCGCGUGCUGGAGGGGCAGCGCGCAGCCCUGCGCUGCAAGGCCCGCGGCGACCCCGAGCCGGCCAUCCACUGGAUCUCGCCCGAGGGCAAGCUGAUCUCCAACGCCACCAGGUCCACGGUGUACGACAACGGCACGCUCGACAUCCUCAUCACCACGGUGAAGGACACGGGCUCCUUCACCUGCAUCGCCUCCAACCCCGCGGGGGAGGCCACGCAGACCGUGGACCUGCACAUCAUCAAACUGCCCCACCUGCUCAACAGCACAAACCACAUCCACGAGCCUGACCCGGGCUCCUCGGAUAUCUCCACAUCCACCAAGUCGGGCUCCAACGCCAGCAGUAGCAACGGGGAUACUAAAGUCAGCCAGGAUAAGAAGGUGGUUGUCGCGGAAGCGACGUCCUCCACGGCUCUGCUGAAAUUCAAUUUCCAGAGGAAUAUACCUGGGAUCCGUAUGUUCCAAAUCCAGUACAAUGGUACUUACGAUGACUCCCUUGUUUACAGAAUGAUACCUCCCACGAGCAAAACCUUUCUGGUGAACAACCUGGCCGCGGGGACGAUGUACGACCUGUGCGUGCUGGCCAUCUACGACGACGGGAUCACCUCGCUGACGGCCACCAGGGUGGUGGGCUGCACGCAGUUCACCACCGAGCAGGAUUACGUGCGCUGCCACUUCAUGCAGUCCCAGUUCCUGGGCGGGACCAUGAUCAUCAUCAUCGGUGGGAUCAUUGUGGCGUCCGUGCUCGUGUUCAUCAUCAUCCUCAUGAUCCGCUACAAGGUGUGUAACAACAACGGGCAGCAGAAGGCCACCAAGGUCAGCAACGUGUACUCGCAGACCAACGGGGCUCAGAUCCAGGGCUGCGGUGGGGCGCUGUCGCAGUCCAUGUCCAAGCAGGCUCUCGGGCACGAGGAGGGCGUCCAGUGCUGCAAGGCCGUGGCCGACGGCGCCGCGCAGUCGCCGGACGCCGGCUCCGGCCAGGACUCGGCCACCACUACCUCGGCUUUGCCUCCCGCCUGGACUUCCAGCUCUCCCCUGCCGCAGAAGCAGAAGCGCAAGUCGGGGCCCAAGGCUGGCAGCGAGGCGCAGGGCGAGGCGGGCGGCGGCGCCGAGCCCCAGAACUCCAACAGGAACAACUCCACGGCCCUGGCGCUGGCCGGGCGUGGCCCCGAGGCGGCCCCCACGUACAAAAGAGCACAAUCCAAGCCAAGUAAGUUCCUGACGCUGCCGGCCGAGGCCAGCCGCGCCAAGCGGCGGCGCUCGCUGGGCGGAGAGCUGCUGGAGCCCCGCGGCCCCGCCGGCCUGCGCUCCAAGCGCAGCAUGUCCAUGAACGGGAUGCUGCUGCAGGCAGACUGCGCCCAGGGCGGAACGGCACCUUUCUCCAGUUCUGAGUGGAUAUUGGAAAGCACUGUGUGACCUGCUUUUUUUUUUCUUUUUUCUUUUUUUUUUUUUUUUUAAGGUUUUGUUUUAACUAAAACCACCAAACGUUGUGUGAAACUCCCUUUCCCAGGGAAUUGGAUUUGGAUGUCCACUGCUGUCUCGCUGAUUAAUGGCUUGUUCAUGCGGGGUUCUGUAUAAGCCACCCAGUGCACACGGGGGUUUAUUUAGUUUUCGUUUGGUUUUAUUUAAUAUCAAAACCGAAGGCAACAUUCAGAGAUUAAAAAAAAAAAAAAAAAAAGGAAAAAAAGAUUAAGGGGCGAAAAAAAGCACGAAACAGCACCAGUGCCUUCCCUGCUCUAGGACUGGCUUCCUGGUUCUGCGGUAGCAGAAAACAAAAGAGAGAGUUUUCACAGAAAAAGCCUUUUAUAAAGGAAAUGCAAUUUCCUCCAAGCUAACAAAUAACCACUUCUGGAUCAAUCAGUAAAAUGAUAUUUUUUAAACCGGUCAGACUGUACAUUUCUUUUCCGUGACAAUGGUGUUGCCUUUGUUUUUAGGCAGAUGCUGUACAGGAGCAACAACGCUGUGUUGUUAUGUUGUGUAAAAUAAAAUAUUCACUCGGUACGCCAGCCAGCCUCGGGUUACUGCCCUGCCGGGCUGGGCCUCGGUGCUGCUGCAGAGCUCCUGCCACGGGGCACCGGGAGCACCAGGAGGCACCAGGGCACGGGGCCAUUCCCCUGUGCUGGCUCUGGCUGGCUGGGGCUGGGCUGGGGAGCACGGGGAGCCUGCAGCGGCUCUCCCCGAGAGGUGCCUGAGCUGGGAUCCCACAGCCUGAGCUGGGAGCCAACAUUGGCUCUCCCCAAGAGGUGCCUGAGCGGGGAUCCCACAGCCUGAGCUGGGAUCCCAUACUGGCUCUCCCCAAGAGGUGCCUGCCCCACCUCCCAGGGUGCCCAGACCUGGUACAGGCAGUGCCCUGUCCUGCAGCCCUGGGCAGGGAGUGGGGCUGGGGCACCUCGGGGUGCUGGGCACAGCUGAGCAGGGCUGUGAGCAGGGACAGGAGGUGGGCAAGCAGGUGGGUAGAGAGGUGGGCAGGUGGGCAGGUGGGAAGGCAGGUGAGCAGGUGGGCAGGUGAGGAGGCAGGUGGGCAGGCAGGUGUGCAGGCAGGUGAGCAGGCAGUGGGCAGGUGGGCAAUCAGGUGGGCAAGCAGGUGGGCAGGUGGGCAAGCAGUGGGCAGACAGGUGGGCAGGCAGGUCACCAGGUAGGUGGGCAAUCAGGUGAGCAGGUGGGCAGGCAGGUGGCCAGAUGGGCAAACAGGUGGUCAGGCAGGUGGGCAGGGCUAGCAGGUGGGCAGGCAGGUGGGCAUGCAGGCAGGCAGGUGGGCAGGCAGGUGGGCAGGCGGGCAGGUGAGCAGGCAGAUGGGCAGGCAGGUGGGCAGAUGGGCAAUCAGGUGGGCAGACAGGUGGACAAUCAGGUGGGCAGCUGGGCAGGCAGGUGAGCAGGCAGGUUGGCAGGCAGAUGGACAGGUAUCCGGCAGGUGGGCAGGCAUGUUGGCAGGUAGGCAAUCUGAUGAGCUGGCAGGUGUCUAGGCAGGUGGGCAGGCAGGUGAGCAGGCAGGGCGGCAGCCAGCAGGGUUGUGGCCAUUCAGCACCUCGGCUGGUCGGGUGACGAUGGCCAUCUCCUGCUGUCCUAGACUCCUGAGCUAUAUUUCCUCAGAACUUUAUGGUUUGGUCCGGUUCUCCUCAGUCCCUGAGUGCAUUGAGGCCUGAAAGAUGGUGGUCUCACCUUUGAGCUGUUCCUAAUUGCUGUGCCUGUGGCAUGGAGUGCUUCUGGGCCACUCUGCAGGGACAGAACCCACAGCAGCAGGGGACAGCAGGUGCAGAUUUCGUUGUAUGGAUGGCAGCUGCUCUGCUCACUGUAAAGGGAAGCAUGCAGUUAAUAUUAAUUAAACUCACAUGGUCAUCAUAUUCAAAUUAGAGACAGCUUAACUCUGAAUAUCUGAGCACUGUGCAUUCUCAGAUGCCAAAUAAGAGGUUCAUGAUGGGCUUUGUGGCCAUAAAAGAGAGAGAACAGUUAAAUUUUAUACCCUGUGCUUGUUCAGGCAGGUGCCUGAGGCCAGCCUGGCUCCAGGCAGCCCCAGGGCAGUUCGGGGGCACGUGUCACAGUGGGGCACAGCCCCUGGCACCCAUCUGUGUCCCUGGGGCUCUGCAGUGGGCUGCUCUGGGUGAUUCUAUUGCCUGUCACGGAAGGACAAAGUCAAUGAGGGUGGUGUAAAGGACCUAAAAGGAAGAGGCUGCUUCUUUUUUAGGAACCCUUUUUGCUUCCCUCAGGAAAUGCAGAGACCAAAUAGGAAACAAAGCCUCAAAAUGAGAAACCCUGCUUCCUGCUGGAAAAGUUUAAAAAAAUGCAAUAAAUCCCUCUUUGGGUUGCUCUGGCAGCCCAUGAGCAGUGCAUGAACAGAAGGGAACUAUUAAAUAACAUGCUGUGGGUGACAGGGGUGCCUGUCCAGGGCCUGGCACUCUGAUGCCAAGGGCUUUGCCCAGUGUGGGUCAAACGUGAAGGUCUGAGCCCCAGUGAGGGGCUGUGCUGGCAGAGGCACCUUAUCCCCAUUCUGGGGUACAGGAGGGUGUCACAGGUUUGCUGUGGAGUGGCUGGGUUUGAUCAUGCAUUUUAAAAACACCCAAUGAAAAUGCUUUUCUAUGUUGUCUAAAACUGGACUUAAAUCUGUGUGAUGUUUUGUCAAAGUGCUAAAAUACUAAUGGUGUCUUGUGGUUUAAGGAGGUUUAUUUUUAUACAUUUGUAAUUUUUCACUCAGAGGAAUAGUUUUCUAAGCACUGCAGCUGAUGUUCUGUCCACGGUGCCUCUGUGUCGAGCAGUGUGCAGGGACCUCAUGGCCCUGUGUUUCGUUCCUUUCUGCUGGCAUGCAGGAAAGGGGAUCUGGGCAGCCAGGGACUCCUCCCAUGCCAGCUUCUCUCCUGGCUGACAGGACAUUCAUCUCUUGGGAGUGCCCUGGGCACGGAAUCAGCUGUUCCCACUGGAAUAACUGUGCAGUAGGACGUUGGGUUUAUUCAGGCUCAAUUCGAAGUGUGGGAAGCCCCAAGGAGGAGGGAAUUCUCUGUCCUUUCUGUUCUGCAAAAACCAUAUGUUGCCAACUGUGAGACAGAAAGUGCUGAGAUGCCCCUGGGUCAGAAUAACUCCAGGUUAUUUCCCCCAGACUGCAAUAACUGCUCAGCACAGGUGAUGGGAUGGGUGAUGUGCUGUGGCCCAGCACCACCUCAGCCAUGGAGGGCUGUGCAGGGGCUGAGCCCAGGGAGCCUCCCUGCCCUGGGGCAUGGCCUGCCCAGCUGGGCUCUGUGUGCUGCUGCUCAGCCAUGGCUUAUCGGGAUUUUAGCCAUGACAGGGUCUCUGUUCACAGGCCCUGCUGGAGGAGGAACUGCUGCAGGAAGUUCUGAGCUCUGUCUGCAGUGGCUGGAGCACAGCGUGUGCCCAGGCCCUCUCUGGAGAAGGGCUCUGCUGGGGCUGUGCUGGGCUGGGCUCUGGGAGCAUCCCGGACCAGCACAGGGUGCUCCUGGCUCUAGGGACAGUGACAGCCCUGCUGGCAUUGCUCUGGGAGCAUCCCAGACCAGCACAGGGUGCUCCUGCCUGCUGGGACCAUGACAGCCCUGCUGGCAUUGCUCUGGGAGUGCCCCAGACCAGCAGAGUGGCACGGAGCUGUGGUCCGUGGGCAGGCCUGAGCAGCUGUGUGUGCCCUCCAAGAGGGGCAGGAGGGCCCUUGUGCCAUGGCAGAGCGUGCCCGAAGCCACGGUGGGCACCAGCACAGAGAGGGGCACGCUGCUGCCUUGGGAGUGGCUUCAAACCAGGGAUAAAGGCAGCACCGGCACCAGGGUCACCUCUCUGCCCAUCAGCCCUAAGGGCAGAGCCUGAGCCACGCUGGGCCUUUGGGGCACUGGAGCCUGAGCAGUGCCACUCACACGUGGGCACAGCUGUCUGUCAGCCCUGUGGUCACUGAGGAAUGUUCACCUCCCUGCUCCUGGUGCUGCUGCCCCUCAGGGGCACCAUCACUGCCCAAAAGCUGCACCAGCAGCAGACCCCAGUUGCACAGUGCCUUCUCCUGGCAGCGAUGCUAAUGUUGGUCAGAGUUCUGGUUUAACAGCACCAAACUGGCCGGUCCUUAGGAUCCUGCUCACCAAUAACGUGGUUCUGCUGUUUGCCCUUUGCAAAUGUGUCCUGGCUGUGUGCUGGGCCUGGGGCACGGCCUGGGCUGCCCGACCCCGCUGUGCUGGAUUGCUGUGUCACCCCAGGUGGCUGCAGAGCUGCACUUCAGCAGUGUCUGGGUCAGGAAGGUGAGGGCUGAGCCCAGGCUGCUGUGCCUGCCUUGGUGCAGGCUGGUUUUGCUCCUGCAGUGCCAGGCUGCUGCUCUGGUGCUGUGUGCAAGCUGUGCCGCCUCCUCUGCUGGGAAAUUGCCCUGGGAAUGAGGAAAUCCAGCCAGGCUGGAGCCCAGCCCCUCAUGGGCACACAGGGACCCCACCUGGCCUGGGGCCAGUCUGUGCUGUGGGGGCUUGUUGUCUUAUGUAUCACAACAGUUCUAUCAUCAUUAUGUGGUGUCUUAUACAUCAAGAGUUCUAUUAUCAUUGCAGUGCAAGGGUUCCAUACCCUCAGAGUCUCGUACCUCCUCAAUGUUUGUCACAGGCAGCUCCUCUGAGCACUCACUGUUCCUGGCCCUUGUAGCAACCCUCUGACUCCAGAUCCCACCAAUCCACUCUUUUAUAAUACUGUUCUUAUUGGCUACAGGUGCUGCUUGUUAUCAUCCAGCCUGCUCCCAAUACUUAGUAAUAGGGUCCAGCUGCAGCUCGUUGGGGGAUAAGAUUGCAUUCUACAUUACCUUCAUUUACCCAUACUGUGUCCCCUACAGGGGCUGUGACCCUGUGACCCACAGAGGAGAUAAGAUCACAUUCUACAUUACCCAUACUGUGUCCCCUACAGGGGCUGUGACCCACAACACCCCCAGAGGAGUUUGGAUGGUGCCUGGUUGGUGUUGGCACAUGGCAGUGGCACACCGGCCAUCCCCCAGGUAAGUGGGGCUGUGCUGGGUGCCAGGAGGUGGCACAGCUGUCCCAUGGGCUGUCCCUGUGCCCUGGGCAGGACAGUGGCACGUGGCACACCCUGGUUGCAGUGACCUCAGGAAGGUGGGUGCUGUGUCUGUGCCCCCCUUUGCUCUGCCCUGGUGUCCCCAGCUCUGUGUGACCCCCUGGCAGUGUGCAGAGCUGGGGUCCCUGCCCUGGGCAAAGGCUUGGCCUGUGCAAGAGCAGCAGCAAAUCUAGAAAGUGGAGAACUCUCUGGUUCUGGAACAGUGAGCUUUGCUGGUUCUGCUGGGCAUUCUGGGUGUUGUCUUGUGGGAUUUUCCCUGAAGCAGAAGCAGCAGCAGUGCUGUGCUGCACUCCCUGAUGGUGACACAACUUGUGGCAGAGGUGUGGGUGGGGACAUUGGGUGCUGUUAUCCCUGUCUCCUGUUAGCCCUGUCUCCUCUUAUCCCAGCCUCCUGUUAUCCCAGUCUCAACCCAGUCCCCUGUUAGCUCAGUCCCCUGUCCCCUGCCAUGCUGUGCUGCCCAGCCCCUGCAGGGCACAUGGCACCAAGUCAGGGGGUGCCAGGGCUGAGGGUAGGGUUUGCUGCUGCUUCCUGCCCAUGCUGGCCCCAGGACAGCUCCUGGUGGGUGCUGUGCCCAGAAUGGCUCUGUGGCAGCUCCUGGUGGGUGCAGUGCCCAUGCUGGCCCCAGAGCAGCUCCUGCUGAGGUCCCACAUCAGUGUCACCUGGGCCAUGGCAGGGCAGGUGCUGCUCGCCGUGCCCUCACUGUGUGUGUUCUCUCUGUGCAGAGGCCAGGGCACCGUGCAGGGUGCUGCUGCUCGCCGUGCCCUCACUGUGUGUGUUCUCUCUGUGCAGAAGCCGGGGCCCCUGUGCAGGACACCAGCCCCAGUGCCCUCCCUGAACACGCUGCCACGGACGCUGCUCCUCGGCAGAAGUCGCUCCGGUUCAGCCUCUCCCAGGACUGACCUCUGGCUCUCCCUGCGGAACCUUUACUUGAAGCUGCAGCCCAGGCCCCCCAGGCCGGCCGCCUCGAGGAACUGUCUUCCCCUCACAGGAUUCCCAUCUGCCACUCCAAGUCUGAAAUUCCUGUUUUUUCUGGUGUCCAGGUUUUUUAUAACUGAAAAUGACGACGAAGAAUCUGGUGGCAGCAGCUGGUCCCAGUCAUGUUCCAUGUCACCAGUGGUGAGCUCACGAGCUGUAAACAUGGUAGCUUCAAUCACCUGAAAAAUAAAUGUUUUACUACGA